GGAAAACUGUGAAACUAGGAAGCGUAAAUGAAAGGCUUAAUGAUGCCGAAAGAGUACUAUCAGAAGACGACUGGCAAAUUAGCGCCAGCCUUGCUACCCCGCGCCAGCUGUUCAACACCACAUCGCACCUUCCUCUAUCAUUGAUACCGUACGUGAGGUAAAGAGCCCAAACAUGUCAUCCGAAAAGCCUAACCUUCAAGAAGAGCAUAUCGCACGGGUUGUCUGGGCAGCGCAUAUUCUCGCCUAUCUUACUGAAGGAAGAAGCCAUGCGCAGGUCGAGAAGGUCGUAGAUGACGUUGCCAGUGAUACAGACAGUGAAAUUGAGACUGAAGUGGCAGUCGACGACACGGACACUGCAACAGCAAAAGCUGUACCUCUAUCUGCGUCGAGAGAGUCUGUUUUGCGAAAGUUUCUGGACUGCAUUUGCCAGCUGCUGUCGCCGUCCAAGGGGUGGGAAGGGGUUACUGCAGCUUCAAUGCGCGAAAGCAGCGGCGGUGUUUCUGUGGACGUUGCACGGAAUGAUGGAUUCGGUUCGGAUUGCGGUAGCUUUGAUCCUGCAACACUCGAGUACUGUCGGAUGCUGGAAGAGUAUUUGACCUCUUGUGUCAGUACUGAAGUGACAAAUAUCCCAGCGAAAUCCGUGACGGAAUUUGAGGCCGCUUCGAUUAAAUACACCGCUAGUCGAGUUGACUACUGGAUUUCCGCCUGUCGGAGAACAUAUGCAGAUAGCCAUAAUGACACCGAUUGGAAUCCGCGGGCAUGGCCUGGACGUGAGUCGGCAGCGCAAACCUGGACAUCGAUGGCUGAUCUUUUGCUGCGCUUUGAUAGCAAGAGAAUGGCCGCACAUAUUAGAACUCUUUCGGUGCAACGGGCUUACAGCUGUGUCAGUUCACCAGAAGUGCACCACUUACUCUUAGAUGCACUUGGUCCGAAAGUUGGCUCACGGCUUUGGGCCUGUGCCAAGUCUCUCUCAUUGCAUGCUGAAAUGCAGCUCAUAUGUUAUCAAGAAGAGUGCCGUGGACCACGGAGAAUGUUGCAAUACUAUGGGUGUAGCAAGAAAGCAUGUCUUCUAUGUGAAACGUUCCUGGCUGCGAUGCACAAUCCGAUUGAGACCCGUGGUAGGCAUGGCGUGUGUUAUCCUGCCUGGGGAGUUCCGUGCUUAAGCUCGGAUGCUAUAUAUCUCGCUGCCACCGAAUUAGGAAACAACCUUGUGAACCGCAUCAGAGAUUCAUUCAACAGAACAAUCCGACCGGGGGCGACAACGGCCUUACCAAAAGUCAUGCAAUCGGACUUUGUGUCGGACUUCUCGAAACUUACGCUGGAAGAGUGGCGACAGAGACAGAAAAUUGUAGACAUAGCUAGGGCGGAACAAACCACAAACUGGACAAAGCUGCAACUUAUUGAGGGCAAGGGUCAAGACUUACACACCAGGACUCGCCCACGCCCAAAGUUUGAGCCCGAUAACUGUUGCGUGAUGUGUAAUAAGGCGCCAGCCCGGCGAUGCGGGCGCUGUCGCAGCACACAUUAUUGUUCAAAGGAUUGCCAAAAAAGCGAUUUUUCUUCCCACAAGUUGCUUUGCAAGAAGCUUGCUACCCUACCUGACCGUCCAUCACCAGAGCACAAGCGAGCCAUUUUCUUCCCAGUGCAUCAGACAGAGCCUGUUCUGAUUUGGAUCCCUACGGAGCGUCAAUAUGAAGAAGAUUCUAGGGUGUGGUGGACAAAAGCGCCCAUACGUUCAUACCUUGGUCCUGAUUCACCGAGUACAGGAAGAUUGCAUGUGGAACACAACGACGUACGCGGACGAAAUUUAGGGUCCGGUAUGUUUGGAUCAGCCCUGCGCAAUGAAGGAUACUGUGUUACCCUGCUGCAUCGCGAUGGAUAUCUAGUUGACGGUUCGCCCCCAAAUAAAAGCAUACUGGCUUCUGUAAGAGCCUCCGGCGCCCCACGCCCUCCCUAUGCGUACAAUGGCCCGAUGGUUGCAAUGCGGGAGGUCCACCCAGAGGAUUAUGCCGAUAUACAGCUUUCCGACUUUCGGCAUCUGAUGGACUACCUAAUAACGUAUGCAAGCACGGAUGUCAGGGAAUCCGUUCCGGAUCUGCAGUAUCGGGCUCCCACGGUUGUUCGGGGCGUGAAGAUUUGCUGCGAUGGGGAGAUAAAACUUCAUGCAUCGGAGCCGUUCGUUUCAAUUGACGUGAGGCGCUCAACCCGACUUCAUCUCUCUUCUAUCCAGGGCGAUUCCAAUUCGCCGAUUUCCGCUCUCCUCGGCAUACCGCUCAUCUUCUGGAAAGACCCAGAUGCUGAAUAUCACGUUAACCCGCCCGGCUGGGAUGCAACACAGUGGGCAAGCAGCAAUCAGAAUGCGGCAUUCAUGAUGAUGGUAACCAACCCUUCUGAUCCUUCAUGGGGAUGGGCUCCUCUGUAUUGGAACCGCGAUAUUGGAAAUGUGUGGGUUGUCCGUGAAGAUGGGCAGGAUCUGGACGUGCGUGACGUAGCGAUGAUGUGCCACUUCGCCAGGUUCAAGCUUCAACGAUUGUUUGAAGAUUCGUUGGAAUCAAAAGGCACCUCCCUGCAGGAUAGGAAGCGCGUUCUAAAAUAUAUCACGCGCGAAAACAUGCGAGCAUUUUGGGAGGAGACUGGUGGUGAUGAAGCGGUCCGUAGUCAUGAUCUGAGCGAUUGA